GGCGUCGGGGGGCGGGGCGGGGCGUGCGCGCUGGACCCCGGGCUUCGGCGGGCGCCGCUGAGAAGUGCCUGUCCGCAGCCGCGGUCGUUUAUAUACCUUCCCGCGCGGGCGCCGGCGCCGCCAACGGAAGGCGGGUGGGGCAGCGCGUGAUUUGGCUCCCGCGCCAUGAAGGUGAAGAUCAAGUGCUGGAACGGCGUGGCCACGUGGCUCUGGGUGGCCAACGACGAGAACUGCGGUAUCUGCCGGAUGGCCUUCAAUGGCUGCUGCCCGGACUGCAAGGUGCCUGGCGAUGACUGCCCGCUGGUGUGGGGCCAGUGCUCACACUGCUUCCACAUGCACUGCAUCCUCAAGUGGCUCCACGCGCAGCAGGUGCAGCAGCACUGCCCCAUGUGCCGCCAGGAGUGGAAGUUCAAGGAGUGAGGCCACUGCCAGACGCCGCCCCCACCCUGGGAACCGUCCCUCUCGGCCUGUGACGGGGUUGAAACGAGGACUGGAGCUGCAUUUGUUUUUUUCCAUCACAACGUUGACACUUUUAUCCAAUAAGUAAAACUCAUUAAACCACCUGAGCCUGGU